AUGCCAGCACCGAUAUUCAACUUUGACUUCUCCUCACCACACCGGCCCUCAGUCCCCUCGCCACUCUCCUCGUCUCCCCUGCGUCCAUCACAAGCCUCACCACCUCUCUCACCGCGCGACCCGAACACUCUUCCGCGCCGCGACACACAAUCAUCUCCCAUCCGGGGCCCAUCUCAUUUCAAGUACUCCCGCGUUAACGUCAAGCCCAACCCGCUGCGAUUGAGUCGCGAGAAGGCCCAAGAGAGCAGGAGGACGCUCUUCCUGAAGAACGUACGGAAGCGUACAGACGACAAAAAGUGGGAGCAGCGAGGCGGCGACCAGGAAGCAUUGAAGCUGGAAUGGCACAUCCUGGAUAAGCAACGGAGGCAAGAAAAGGACACGGAUCUAGAUGGAUUCGUCUACGAGAACGAGCUGGAGGAUAUCCCCGAGAACCCGUACGAAUUGAGCCAGGAAGCCGAUAACAUGAUGGUCGACGCCAUGGCCCAGGAAGAGGAAGCCGAGCUGGACGCGAUGCUAUCGUUGCUUGAUGCCGAGGCUUCUUCGCAGGUGCCGAGACGGCCUGGUACGCCUUCGUUAUCAGAUGAUGAAGACUACGACACGUUGUUCAUGGACAUACUAUCUCAGCAAACGGAUGAGGGCGACGGGUUUAUAUCGUCGGGGCAAAUGGACAUGUCGUGA